UAAAGAGAUUACGCGGACAAUUUUAGUGAGACACACAUGACGUUAAGGCGGCAGUGUGGAGGGACGGCGGACGGAGACAGGACGCGGGGUCGCAGCACAGCCGAGCACCGUGCGGAGGCAUUCGGAGCUCCACAGUGACGAGGACAUCACCCUCCGAUCCGAGGAAGAAAAUAAAAGCUUUCUCCUCUGAAGCCCUUUCCAAACAAUCAGACAACACACAGCAGACACAUCUUCACAGACACACACCAAAGCACAACAGCAAAUAUGAGUGAGGCUAAAUCAGCUGGGGCUGUGGAAACAUUUGAUGAUUUGAACUCUAUUCCUAAUGGCAAAAGCCACGAGGACACGAUCGCUGCUAAAACACCACCUGCAGAAGACAAUGAGACGGAGACUGUAUCUAAUAGGGCCCAGAAUUCCAGUUGUAACAGAAGUGAGAAUGCAGAGGCGAACCUCCCAGAGAGCCAGGAGUUCUUAUCAGGCGUGGAGGAAAAAAAGGCUACACGAUUUACAGACUUUGAGGGAAAAACUUCAUUUGGCAUGUCAGUGUUCAACCUGGGCAAUGCAAUUAUGGGAAGUGGAAUCCUAGGACUGGCAUACGCCAUGGCCAACACGGGGGUCAUCCUGUUUUUGAUACUCCUUACAGUGGUGGCCGCCCUGUCAGCCUAUUCCAUCCAUUUGCUGCUGAAGUCGUCCGGCAUUGUAGGUAUUCGUGCAUAUGAGCAACUUGGCUACAGAGCCUUUGGCACCCCGGGGAAGAUGGCAGCAGGUAUUGCCAUCACGCUGCAAAAUAUUGGAGCAAUGUCCAGCUACAUGUAUAUAGUCAAGUAUGAGUUUCCUCUGGUCAUCCAGGCCUUUCUGAAGGUGGAUAAGCCUGCAGGUGAAUGGUACUUGAAUGGGAACUACCUUGUGAUCAUAGUAUCUGUUGCAGUAAUAUUACCACUGGCCUUAAUGAAACAGCUAGGAUACCUGGGAUACACCUCUGGCUUCUCCUUGAGCUGCAUGGUUUUUUUCCUUAGUGCAGUCAUUUACAAGAAGUUUGCUGUUCCUUGCCCUUUUGUGGACUUCAGCUCACUCAAUGGUACUCUCAAAGGGCUAACAGUCAACGCCACAGAUCAUGGUGGGGAGGAUGACCCUGCUUGUGUUCCCAAAAUGGCAAAUCUAAACUCACAAACGGCCUACACGAUCCCCAUCCUGGCGUUCGCCUUUGUGUGCCACCCUGAGGUCCUGCCCAUCUACACAGAGCUGCGCAAUGCCACCAAGAAAAAGAUGCAGCAUGUGGCAAACAUCUCCAUUGCAGUCAUGUAUGUCAUGUACUUCCUGGCUGCGCUCUUUGGAUACCUAACUUUCUAUGGUGAGGUGGAAGCAGAGCUUCUUCACACCUACAGCCGUAUUGAUCCAUACGACACUUUGAUUUUGUGUGUACGUCUGGCUGUUCUUACAGCUGUGACGCUUACUGUACCCAUUGUCCUCUUUCCUGUACGGAGAGCCAUCCAGCAGAUGCUCUUCCCCAAUAAAACCUUCUACUGGCCCCGCCACAUUGCCAUUGCUUUCAUUCUGCUGACAUUCAUCGACCUGCUGGUCAUCUUUGCCCCCAAUAUCCUCGGCAUCUUUGGGGUCAUUGGGGCCACAUCUGCUCCUUGUCUCAUCUUCAUCUUCCCUGCCAUCUUCUACAUUCGAAUUGUACCUGAAGAAGAAGAACCAAUGCACUCAUUACCCAAAAUCCUGGCUGCCAUUUUCGCUGGAAUAGGCUUCGUGGUUAUGAUAAUGAGUCUCAGCUUUAUCAUCAUUGACUGGACAUCUGGGAACAGCAAUGCCAGCAGUGGUCACUAAGCCCCACCCUACAGUUUUUCAGUUUUUAUAUAUUAUUCAUUUAGAUCAGUGUUAUGUUAAUGUCAUGCUUGGGAUUAUGUUUGAUGUUGAUGUUGCCCAGCUUUUUCUUUUUUUUUUUUCUAUGUGAUAAUAUUGUCCACAAAGGAGAAGACAUCUCCACAGUAGCUCCCACUCUAAUAACGUUACGUUGUAUUGCCAAACUGUGACAGCAGAUCCAGUCAGGUAGACUUUCUGGGAAAGCAGACUGUGAACUCAUUAAUUGGACAGGUGCAUAAAGAACAGUGUUGACAGAUGGAGGCAGUGCCUUGUGAGGCGAAUGUUAAAAACUAAUGAUGAAUGAAUGCACAGUCUUUAUACACCAGCCCCUUUUAAGAGUUGUGCUGCUUGUGUGCCUAUACUGUCUUUUGCUGUCUGUCUACACCUUGUAUGACAUAACAUCUAUAUACAGCUUCUAAAAUUAUAUUACUAUGUCUGAGACUCAUCUGUUUUAAUUAGUGCAGCUGACACAAAUUUACAUUCAGGUCCUUAAAUGCAUGCGUAUUAGAAAAUAGUUUAUUUUAGCUGUCCCCCCACAGCAUAGUCGGGUUGUGAACAAGUAAUGGCACAAAAAUGCAGUUUUAAUUUGAUGGUGUUUACAUCUAAAUCCAAGAAACAGAGUGGGAAUUAUACCAAUAUUUUGUAUAUAAGCCACCCCCACCACACACAUAAACACUUUUGGUUUCUGUAGUA